AUGGCGUCUGUCCCGAGCUACUCAACCACCUCGGGAAGAAUACGAUCAUCCGACUGCCCUCCUUCCUCCUCACAGGAUGAAGGGGUAAGGAGAUCGGAGACCAACAGUUCUCCUUCAACCGAGCCCUCUGAGGAUAACGAGACGAUAUACCUCAACCGACCCGAAGCAACUGCGUCCAGUAGUAAUCUCCCCGUUGAGAACCGGAACGCCACCGACACAUCCAACGAAGAGCCCCGCAAAUGCUGGAUCUGUUAUACCGAUGAAACAGAGGACUCGCCACUGAAUUCGGAAUGGCGCUCACCCUGUCCUUGUGCCCUGACCGCCCACGAAGAGUGUCUCUUAGACUGGCUUGCCGAUCUGGAAAACCCUCGGGCUCGUAGGCGGAAUGGUCGUAACGCGAAGAUGGUGUGUCCACAGUGCAAGUCCGAAAUCAUGGUCUCUCGUCCGCGGAGUUAUGUCGUUGACAUGGUCCGGAUGCUGGAACGGUUCGCGGGUCGGCUGGUCCUUCCCGGCAUGGUGUUCACACUGGCAGGCACGGUCUGGGCAGGGUGCUGUGCGCAUGGUGUGUAUUCUAUGUACUUUGUUUUUGGAACCGAAGAAGCCCGGCAGAUUAUGGAGGAGGCGGCAGACGGCUCGUGGAACUCGGGCCUCAACCUUGGGUUGCCGCUGAUCCCGUUGGUGUUGAUCUUUUCGCGGACCCGGUACGCUGAAGGUCUGCUGCCAGCCAUCCCAGUUCUAUUCUUCGCAACGCACAAUCCAGGUCAUGAACCGGAUCUCGAAUUCUGGCCGCCGAGCGCGGCGAUGACUUUUGCGGCUCUCCCAUACGUCAAGAGCUUCUACAGCGCACUUCACGAAAGAUUAUUUGGCAAGUUGGAGAGAAAGUGGAUCGUGGAGGUGCAACCACGCCAAUCCGACAUAAACGACCUUAAUGACAAUGCACCGCCCGAGCAGCCGGAAUUGGGCCCAUUGGGUGACGACAACGGCCAGGUACUAAUGGAAUUUGGCCUGGAGUUGCAAGUGGACGAUGAUGGGAUCCAGGGCGAUAUAGGUUUUCGCGCAGGAGAGCAGGAGGGACAAGGGCAACCGAACGGACAAGAUCAGGGGGCUGAGGGGAAUGGUCAAGCUUUGGGAUUGGGUCGGCGGGAAGACCUCAUACAUGAGUCUGGCAACCUGGCCGAUAUUGUUCUGGGGGCGCUCGCAUUUCCAGCGAUAUCGGCCUCUGUCGGAGGCAUUCUGAAGUAUUGCCUGCCGAAAUCAUGGACCACGGCAUCCUCAACGCUUGAACGUGGCAGACCGGGACUACUACAGACCAGAUGGGGCAGGAGUGUGAUUGGGGGCUGUGUCUUCGUGCUAUUGAAAGAUGCAUUGGUUCUCUACUGCCGGUGGAAACUGGCACAAACUCACCGGCGACGGAGGGUACUUAAUUACGAUCGAACGAAGAAGCAGGUGGUCGAUAAACGAUAA